AUGGCAUCAACAUCAGUGGUUUUCGAACCAGCAAUUCCAGCUCCCACCACGUUGAGGAUCAUAGAGAUCAAUAGUAGAGGAAGUAUAUCCUCCCGUACCUCUGCUCUGGCUGGGCCCUGGAGAAAUCCGGACACGCGCAUGGUGCCAUACCCGGCUCCUGCUACCAUACGCAGUCUCGCUUCCAGAAUUGGAAUAAAGCCUACUUUUCAGGCACUCCAGAUCAUGGAAAGCAUUACCACAAGCAGCUUACAGAUUCCCUCGGAUGUCUCCUUUGCAGAGAGGUUGAAGACUCCGCCCGUCAACUCUGAAACCAUUGAUGAUCACAUGGUUGUUAAUGGUAAGAUUACAUCUUUGGAGAUCGAAAAGCUUAAUAAUGAGCUAUUUGGACCGGAAUCAAAGCAAUGGGGUGAUAUCCCAAACUUUGAUGAUCAGAGAGAACGGUCUCCUGAUGUUCCUAUUGAGGAACGUGUGGAUUAUGAAGAGGACAAUGAAGAUCUCUACGAUGGUUACUAUGAUGACCAUUUUAUUGAUAGGCAAAUUCCCACAGAGACUACCCCAUCUAGAGAUGACAACGACUUAACAGUCGACCGGCCAGAGGAGGAAGAGUUCCCUAUUGCAAAGAAAAAGGAACUGAAAAACCCAAAAAGAUGA